GGCCAGGGGUUAACCUACUCUCACCUUUUGUCAUCGCUCUCAGUCUGGUCCACAUCAUCAGCCUCAGUCUUUCCUUCUUCAAACCAUAAUCCUCCUUGAACAUUUCAACCGCAAGCAAAUAACAUGCAGACAGCCAAUUCACAAGUCAAUUACUCCUCGGCCUCGGAUAUAAUUGGUGCCCUGCAAAACAUCGUAAGUGCCCAGUUAGUGAAAUCUAGUUGUGUCUGCCGAUAUUAAUCAAUCAUUUCAGCUCACACAUUCACAAGCAAUCGUAGGUCUAGCAGAUGUUACGAUCAUUUGUCUGAUGCAAUACUGACUAUUAGCAGAUGUCAGACUUCGAAACCCCGUACUCCCGAGCCAAUCAUAUCCCCAAUACAAGCUACCCCGCCAUCGAGCUCAAAGGGGGAUGCAUCAGUAAUAUCGUCGCAGAACGCCAGCAGCAGCUGGAUACAGUUUUGCUCGACAUCUCAGAGCUAGAAACAGUCAUGGGCAACAUCGACAAUCUUUACAUGCAACUCGUCGAACAGAGGAACAAGAUAAAACAGUCCAUGACUUUUCACAAGGGACUCGUGUCGUCUCUCUGGCGCUUGCCAAAUGAAAUCUUAUCCCAGAUUUUUCACCUCUGUCUCCCCGAAGACAAGUACUUGUCACCCGCAUCGAAACAGGCCCCCAUGCUGCUGACCACAAUAUGCCGGCCAUGGAGGGAGGUCGCUGUGGGUACGCCCAGUUUAUGGUGCAGGUUAGAUGUAGACCCCAGUGGCAGAGAUUGGGAGAAGGCGGUUGUCUUCUAUCACUCAUGGCUCAAGCGAGCACGAGGAAUCCCGCUCUCAUUAGCAUUCAAAUGCUGGAACUCGUCUGAGCAACGCAGCCUUCUUCUGCCAUACGUCAAACAAAUCUCGUCCCUCGCCAUCCGUGUUUACCACGGAUCGGGAAACCCUGAACAUUUGUUGAAAGACCUACCCCGGCUACCUGCACUUCAGGAGCUGGUCGUACGAUCUUCAAAAUUUUCAGCUAGGAUGUCAAAAUCUAUCUCGCGACUGCCGUCCACUAUGCGUAGCCUCGAUAUCUCGGAGUUGCCGCCGUUCGACAUCAAGCGCUUAGCUUGGUUCAAUCACGUAUGGGUCCACCUGACGAACGUCAAGAUCUCCAUAUGUCACCCGGAUGCAUUACUCCACUUGCUCCGUCUAUGUCCAAACCUCUCCUCGUUAACGGUUCGCACAUCAUUCUACGAAGCGCAAAUCUUGGAGCCAUUUACGCACGCCAACAUUCAAUCCCUAUCCUUUUUGAACCACUCUGGUGAAAUAGGGUGUUUAACUGCCCUGUUCAAUGCCUUGUCACUCCCCAAUUUGCGCGUUUUUGAAUUGUGGCACGGGGCAUUCAACCAAUGGCCUCACGAGGUUUCGUUGGCAUUUUUGGCACGGUCGAGGUGUUCCCUGGAGAGCCUGAUCGUCAGCGGUCGGGUGGUGAUGACAGAGGUGCAGCGAGCGGAAUAUAUUGCGCUUAUUCCUUCUCUCGACAUCGUAGUGGCUCCCAGGUGUCAACACUUUUCGUAAGGGCUCAGUUGUUACCUGCAAAAUGGUUGUAUUACCAGGAGCAUCCGAAGAUCAAGAGUAUUACCGUACCCAUGUUUGGCCUUGACGCGGAGAUACAUACAUGGAGUACAUCGCAGCAGGGCUUUGUUACCUACCUUCCUGACCACACCCAGAAGGCUACAAUGAUUUUUUCCCUACUUGUAGCUAAAGGUACAACUAAGCAAUAACACUUCGCAGCGCCACCUGGGACGCCCGAUAAAAACGAUAGCCCAUGUUAACUCCUUUCUAGCAAGCUGGAACGUAGGGAUCGUCACAGUCUCCCUUACUAGUCAGACCAUAAGAGAAGGAAGACAGUCGUUCCUUCAAGUUGUAUAUUACGGGGUCAAGCUGUAUAAGGCC